UUUGAAAGAGAGGGUUUUGAUGCAAUGGCCAAACACGCAAAACUUAAGAACUACACAUGUAUACACUCGUCGUAUCGUGUAAAACCAACAAAAGUGACUUCUCAUCCAUAACUAUAACCCUAACCCUAGCCCAACCCCACCUCAUUUCUCAACCUUUUUUUUUUCUCCUUCUUAUUCCUUCAUGCAAGAGAAUUCUCAACUUCCAAACCUCUAAGCUCUACAGCGAAUGGAGAAAUCAGAGAUAGGCGCCGAUGACACAAAGAACUGCCCGCGGGGUCACUGGAGGCCCGCCGAAGAUGAGAAACUCCGGCAGCUUGUGGAACAGUAUGGGCCCCAGAACUGGAAUUCAAUUGCUGAGAAACUACAAGGAAGAUCAGGAAAGAGCUGUAGAUUGAGGUGGUUUAACCAACUUGAUCCUAGAAUCAACAGAAGGCCAUUCACAGAAGAAGAGGAAGAGAGGCUCCUUGCAGCGCACCGUGUUCAUGGAAACAAGUGGGCCCUCAUCGCCCGGCUUUUCCCUGGUAGAACCGAUAACGCCGUCAAGAAUCAUUGGCAUGUUAUAAUGGCUAGACGGCAUAGAGAACGUUCUAGGCUCUUUGGAAAGAGAAGUUGCCAACACCAUCUUCUUAGUAAUACAGACACCAGCAUCAAUGGAUUUUUCACUGUCUCUUCAAGAACCCAAGAAGACAACAGCUCGAAAUGGUACCAGUUUGAUACUAGCAAGCUCUUUGAUUUCGAAAACCAACCAAAAGAUGGGCAAUUCUCUAUUUCCAAUCCGUCGACUUCUUGGGCUUUUUCCUCCUCAACCGCACCGCCAUCCUGGGAUGCUUUUGGUGGUGGGAGAAGGGACUACUUAGGUUCAAAUUCUAAUUAUUGCAUUCUAGAGAGCUCCCAAAGUUCAGAACCGUCUCUUCGCCGCUACUUCGUUGAUUCUUCCAUGUACGGCGGAUAUCGGAACCUCGGUGGGGCACAAGGGCAGCCCAUCUACAAAAGGAUUGUAACUAAUCCAGUUGGGUACGCUAGUUUAGGUGACAGUAGUGCUAAUGAGGCCAUGAUUAAGGGUGAUAUGGUAAGAUUUGGGGAUAAUUCUGCCACUUUACCGAAAAUUAGAAUGAAUAAUCAACAAGAACGUGGAGAAGAGUCCUUAAAACACAAGGAUGUCCCAUUCAUAGACUUUCUUGGUGUGGGAAUCUCAUCUUGAUUAAUAAAACUCUAUUUUGUAUAUCCUUUUUAGAGGUCCUCUUUUUUUCCAUGUUUCUACAUAUGUGGAGGUUGCAUCAAGAUAUUCAAAUGAUGAUCGAUGUAGUAAGCUGGCAUCAUUUUGAUUCACCAUCAUAGACA